AUGCCGGCCGCAAAUCUCAAAGGUGCCGAGGAUGAUUUCCCCGUCGGCACAGUCUUCUCAGUGUCAGGGCCUGUCAUUGUCGCCGAAAUCGAUGGUCCUAGCAUGUACGAAAUCUGCAAAGUGGGGAGUCAAGAGCUCAUCGGAGAAGUCAUCCGGAUUGAAGGCGAUAAGGCCACAAUUCAGGUAUACGAGGAGACUGCCGGUGUCUCGGUGGGGGAUCCCGUAUCGAGGACAGGCAAGCCGUUGUCCGUCGAACUCGGUCCUGGCUUGAUGGAGACAAUCUACGAUGGAAUCCAAAGGUCCCUCAGAAGUAUUGCCGGUAAAACUGAUAGCAUCUAUAUUCCCCGCGGCAUUACAGUGCCAGCCCUCGAUCGAAAGAAGAAAUGGGAGUUCACUCCAACCAUGAAAGAGGGGGAUCAUAUAACUGGGGGAGAUGUUUGGGGCAAGGUCGUAGAGAAUUCACUGCUCAACGAGCAUAGAAUUCUCCUGCCUCCACGCGCCCGUGGGAUCAUUAAAAAGAUUGCCGAGAAGGGUCAAUAUACAGUUGCAGAGCCGUUGCUCACAGUCGAGUUCAAUGGAGAAGAGAAAGAAUACAUGAUGCUGCAAGUAUGGCCUGUACGUGUUCCUCGACCGGUCGGCGAACGUCUGCCUGCUACGUCGCCAAUGGUUGUCGGUCAGCGUGUCCUAGACGCCCUCUUCCCCUCGGUUCAAGGCGGUACGGUGUGCAUCCCUGGAGCUUUCGGCUGCGGCAAGACUGUCAUUUCUCAGUCGGUGUCCAAAUUCUCGAACAGCGAUAUUAUUAUCUACGUUGGAUGUGGCGAACGAGGCAAUGAAAUGGCCGAGGUGCUAAUGGAGUUUCCCCAGCUUUCGGUCACUAUUGAAGGCCGCAAAGAACCCAUCAUGAAGCGUACAGUUUUGAUCGCAAACACUUCGAACAUGCCCGUUGCUGCUCGUGAGGCAUCCAUUUACACUGGCAUCACCAUCGCAGAAUACUUCAGAGAUCAGGGCAAAGCUGUAGCCAUGAUUGCUGACUCUACCUCAAGAUGGGCUGAGGCUUUGCGUGAAAUUUCUGGUCGACUGGGAGAAAUGCCUGCUGAUCAAGGGUUUCCGGCGUACUUAGGGACCAAGCUGGCAUCUUUCUACGAACGAGCGGGGACCUGUUCUGCCCUGGGAUCGCCACGAAGAGAAGGAAGCGUCUCUAUCAUUGGUGCGGUGUCGCCACCAGCUGGUGACUACUCAGAGCCAGUCACAUCUGUGACACUUGGUAUCGUGCAAGUCUUUUGGGGUCUUGACAAAAAGCUCGCUCAGCGCAAACACUUCCCGUCCAUCAAUACUUCUGCUUCUUAUAGCAAAUACACAACAGUCCUUGAUGAAUACUACGAGAAGCACUACACUGGAUUUCCCCAGCUUCGAGACCGUACUAAGGAGCUCUUAAGUCGUUCAGAAGAUCUUGACCAGGUUGUACAAUUGGUCGGCAAAUCUGCCUUGAGCGAUUCGGAUAAGAUUAUUCUUGAGGUUACUGCCAUGCUCAAAGACGAUUUCCUGCAACAAAACGGUUACAGCGAUUACGACCAAUUUUGUCCGUUAUGGAAGACUGAAUAUAUGAUGAAGGCAUUUGUUGGCUUCCAAGACGAGGCACAAAAAGCGGUUGCUAGCGGUGUGAGCUGGGCGAAGGUUCGAGAGAAUACUUCCGAGAUACAAUAUGGCUUGCGAAACAUGAAGUUUGAGCUACCAGAUGAUGAAGAAAGGGUAAGCAAAUCGUAUGAGGAGCUUCUGCAAUCGAUGUCGGAUACAUUCGCGAGCAUAGCCGACAAGUAG